GUUUUGCCACUCAUCAGCUGGGAGAAGGUUAGAAUCACUGCUGGGUGAAGUUGAUUCCGGGCAGAAAACAACAACAUUUUAAAUUAGGGGGAGGUAAAAGGUCAUGUACAGAGGAGAAAUUAAACAAUGAAAACUGUGUUAAAACACAAUUCUAACAAAAAAAAGCAGAUCAUGAGAGGAUUGGAAUAGUAAAUAGCAUUUUUGACUCAGAGCAUCUUUUCUGGCAUCAGGGAUGUUCAACCAGAACAGUAUGGGAAAUGGAACUAUCAGGGCCCCUAGAAGAGAGGACAGCUGUCUCUCUUUAAGAAGGAGAGAACAUUCCUCUGGGGCCUUCAGCAAACUCCAGGAGACCGUGCUACUGUUAGAGGAGGAGCUCAAGCAGAGAUGGAAAGAGCUCCAAGAGAAAGACGAUAAAAUUAGGCAGCUGGAAAAGGAAUUAGAAACCAAGAAUGUUCAGAUAGAUAAACUACAGGAUGCUAUCGGGUAUAACGUUCAACUGUCCCCAAAAGGAAGUCAGAAGAAGAAGCUGUUAAGUGUCAUUAAUCAGGGCCCAGCUCAGUACAAUGAGAAGUCCACAGAAGUCCACAGACGCCAGAAGGCCAAGGAAGGGGUCUCUGCUGAACCAACUUCACGGCACUACUAUAAUCCAUCUUAUCAGAACCCUGAUGUCAUCUGUGUCCGUAAAGACUCCAGUGCCAAGAAACUUAUCACUGGUGCCAUCAUGAGUAAUGACUUCUUGCGACAGCUGGAAGCCUCGCAUGUGCGUCGUAUGGUGGAUUGUAUGUAUGAGCGGGUGUACAGCCAAUCACAGCUCGUUAUUCAGGAAGGGGCAGCUGGAAACCAUCUUUAUGUUUUGGCUGAGGGACUGCUUGAUGUUAUUCAGAACAGUAGACUCCUUGGACAGAUGCAUCCUGGGACAGCAUUUGGAGAGUUGGCAAUUCUGUAUAACUGCAAGAGAACAGCAACAGUGAAAGCUGUCACAGAUUCAAAGAUUUGGGUAUUGGAUCGUCAGGUUUUCCAGAAUAUUAUGAUGAGUUCAGCACAAGCUCAGCACCAAGAAUACUUCAGUUUUCUACGCAGUGUCUCUCUACUAAAAGACUUGCCAGAAGAAAAGCUGUCCAAGAUUAUAGACUGCCUGGAAGUGGAAUUUUAUGACAAAGGAGAUUAUAUCAUCAGAGAAGGGGAAGAGGGCAACACUUUCUUCAUAAUUGCCAAAGGAAAGGUUUGUGUAACUCAGGCCGUGGAGGGGUCGCAGGAACCGCAGGAAAUCAAAACUCUAGGAAUUGGGGAUUACUUUGGGGAAAAAGCUUUGAUUAGUGAGGAUGUCCGUUCUGCCAACAUCAUCGCUGAAGAGGACGACACGCAGUGUCUUGUCAUUGACAGAGACACGUUCAAUCAGAUGGUUGGAACCUAUCAAGAGUUACAGACUUACCUGCGGGAGUAUGUCUACCAACUGGCGCUUAACGAUCAUGACCGCAGGAAUGCCAGAAAAAAAAGUCUUCACCACUCCAUGUCCCGGGAUAAUUCGGAGGUGAAUCAGCUAAGGGAGUUGGUUUCCAGAUUCUCUAGCACAUCUCCCUUCCGAUACUUAGAUGUUAUCACCACACUUGGAACUGGAGGUUUUGGACGGGUUGAGUUGGUUAAAUUGAAGGAUGAAGAUAUGACCUUUGCCCUAAAGUGUAUUAAGAAGAAACACAUUGUAGAUACGCAUCAACAGGAACACGUGUACUGGGAGAAAAACAUUCUGCAGCAGAUAAACUGUUCCUUCAUAAUCAGGCUCUACAGAACGUUCAGAGAUGCCAAGUAUGUCUAUAUGCUCCUGGAAGUGUGCCUCGGAGGCGAGCUUUGGAGUAUUCUACGAGACACGGGCUCUUUUGAGGAAGGGACAGCUCGAUUUUGCAUUGGCUGUGUUCUAGAAGCUUAUGAUUACCUACACAACAGAGGGAUUGUCUACAGGGACCUAAAACCAGAGAAUCUACUGCUUGAUUCUGAGGGAUACGUAAAAAUGGUAGACUUUGGGUUUGCUAAAAAGAUUGGUCCAGGGAAGAAAACGUGGACCUUUUGUGGCACACCAGAAUAUGUGGCGCCAGAAAUUAUCAUGAACAGAGGGCACGACUUUGGUGCAGAUUACUGGUCACUGGGAAUACUCAUCUUCGAGCUCUUAACUGGAAGUCCGCCCUUCUCAGGGACAGAUCCCAUCAAAAUUUAUAACAUGGUGUUGAAAGGAAUUGAGAAGGUAGACUUCCCUCAUCGCAUUGGAAGACGUUCUGAAGACCUGAUCCGAAGGCUGUGCAGAAUUAACCCUGCUGAAAGACUUGGAAAUCGUAAAAAUGGAAUCAGUGACAUUAGAAAACAUAAGUGGUUUCAAGGUUUUAAUUGGGAUGGAUUACGUAAUCGCAAACUAAUUUCUCCACUGAAGAGAGAGAUCAAAAGCAUCACAGAUCACAGCUAUUUCGACAGCUUUCUCCCCGAAGUUGAAGACCCGCCAGAUGAGCUCUCAGGAUGGGACAAAAACUUCUGAAACCAUAGAUCUGGGAGCACAGACUCUUACAAUCCCAGACACACAUUCCAGUGGGGAUGUGAAAUAUCCAAAAACAACAUAUGGACAAUUUCUAGGUGACAUUUCAAAAUCCCGGAAAGUGUGUUUUUAAAGAUUUGAUUACUGUAUCAACAUUUUAAUUGUACGUAAUCUCUUUACCGGAAUCGUGGUGAGUUGUUUCUGAAGAAGCUUUUCAGGACUUUAAAAUAUAAUUAUCAGCCUUUUUAUGAGGGCUGGAUUUCUCAGGAGUUGCUUUUACCCUUACAGGAAAAAAAAAUAAGAAAAAUAAA